AGAUGAGACCCAAGCAGCACAGUGAACCCUCUCGCCUGCAGUCGCUGCCGCAGCUUUUCUCCUGGCAGAGAAACUCGCCUCGAUUGCAGGGAUAAGUUGAAACUGAGCAGCAACUGCUAUGCACUAGGCUGGGGCAGGCUGACGGUGGCUAUCGGUGCCUGGUCCUAACCCGAGCCAGCUCAUUUAAUGCGCUGGUCUGUGAGACGGCAGCUUCCCGCUGGGAAGCAGCCCUCAGCCCUCGGCUUUGCUUGUCCCGUCUCUGGGCAAGGGAGAAGGCUUCCUGGAGGCGGGGGGUCUGCGAUCUCGGCCGGGGGCCAAGAUGGCUAACCCUGUCCCGUCAGCCUGCUGCGUCGUGCUCGCUGUAGUGGUGGUCGUCUAUGCCCAGAGACACAGCCAGCAAGACAGCCACAUCCAGUAUGAGCGGGUAGGCGCAGAUGUGACCAUGAAGUGUGGCUCCAUGGACUGGGACGCAGCGGUGACCUGGACAGCUAAUGGCACUGACAUUGAUGCAUCCCACCUGAAUGGGUCCUACCUGAUCCUGAAGAAAGUUGACCUGACGCAGAGCGGCCAAUACUCCUGCUACGAGGGCUCCUCCUGGCACCUCAAAUACCAGACCUACCUGAGGGUGGGAACCCCCCCGAAGGAGCCAUUGCUGAUGUGCCGGUCCAACAACUACCCGAAGGGUUUCUACUGCAGCUGGCACCUUCCCACUCCCACCUACAUCCCCAACUCCUUCAACAUCUCCGUCAUACAUGGCACGAGAGAGAUGGUCUGCGAGAAGGAUGUCUUUCCCAAAAACAGGUGUCACAUCAGAUACCUCCAGCUCUUCUCGACUGUGAAGUACAAGGUGACUCUGACAGUCACGAAUGCUCUGGGCAAAAACUCCACCACUGCCACCUUUGAUGAGUUCGCCAUAGUAAAGCCGGAUCCUCCAGAGAGUGUGGUGGCCAAACCCGUGCCCAAUAAUCCUCGGAGGCUGGAGGUAUCAUGGCAAAACCCCUCAUCCUGGCCCGACCCUGAGUCUUUCCCGCUCAAGUUCUUCUUGCGGUACCGGCCUCUCAUCCUGGACCAGUGGCAACAUGUUGAGCUGUCAGAUGGGACAUCACACACCAUCACGGAUGCCUAUGCUGGCAAGGAGUACAUCAUCCAGGUGGCGGCCAAAGACAAUGACAUUGGAACGUGGAGUGAUUGGAGCGUGGCUGUCCAUGCCACCCCCUGGACGGAGGAGCCCAAGCAUCUCACCACGGAGGCCCAGGUCACAGAGACAACAAGCGCUAGCACCUCCUCUUUCAUGCCGCCCCCCACCACCAAGAUCUGCGACAAGGGGGCCGUGGUGGGCAGUGGGGCCGUGGCAGUGUGUUGGACAGCUGGACUGGUCUUGGCUGCCUAUGGUGUCCUCUUUAUUUAAUCCCCAUCUGUCCAUCCAUCGCAGCCCAGCGCAGACGCCUUCUCACCGCCCACCGCCGCCGUCACCAUCCCGCCACCCCCUUCCCGGGUUGAGUCUCUUAUCUCUUCGAUUUUGCACACGUUGAGGACGUAUCACGCUUCUCGCCAUCGCUUCGGAGGAGGACAGAGCCGCUGCCGUCCCCUGGGGAGCCACAAAAUCCUCUCCCAGCCCGGAGCGAGGAGACGCACUUGUCCCCCCCAUCCCUGUCCCCCUUUCCCCAGCAAGGCGAAGCGAGCCUGGGCACCAUGUCACAGCUGAGGACCCCCCUCAUACAGCUAACCCCCCCCACGCCAAAGACGUGCCCGCCGCCCCGCUGCCCCCCCAGGUGACAGGGAGCGUGACGGUGCACUGAGAAAAGGGGAUAUGAAAAUGGGGGGGGUGGUGAGGGGAAUGAUGCUCCCAGCUGUGUACCCCCUUAUGGCAGAAGGGGGUUCCCCAAGGACCGGACUCGCUCCCCCAAGCUCUUGACCAUGUGGUGAAGCUUGAGGGGUGCACGGGUGGGGGGUGUUGGUCUCAUCUGAGGGGAUGAUAGAGAGAAAAACCGGUGACUUUCACAAGUGUGGUGGAGAGCAAGGAGCUGGCAGGGUUUUAAUGGAAAAAAAAAAAAAAAGGAAAUGAAACACCAAUAAAACCCUCCUGCCCCUUGCUGAGCACCUGGGAGAGCUGUUUCUUCAGCUCCCCCCCACCCCCGCAGCACCCUGCAGGAGCCUUCGCCACCCCUAACCCCAUCCCCACAUCACCCCUAAACUUUUAACCACGUUGGAUACAGGGAAUCACCCCCGUUGACGUCUUUGUCUCAUUCUCCAACAGAAGCAGAAUAGCUCUGCUGUUGCCUUUAGAGCUGGAGCCCUGCAGACCUGUCCCCUGCUGUCCCCCGCUGUCCCUGGCUGUCCCUGUGCCUGCUCUGCUCUCCUCCCCAUCCUGCCCCAAACCCUGUUUUGUAAAGACACCUCCUCUUGCCCCUGCCUGGACCCAAGCGCAGUAUUUAAUACCGUACGUCCUAGUAUUCCCACUGUUGACAUGCUGUAUUUGAAUUUUUUAUAGAUGUAUAUAUAUAAAAAAAAAAAUCAAAAAAAAA